AUGGCCGAUAACCCUCUGACUCCGUUUUGUCCCAUUGAUGGGCAGUCCACAUCAAACGCCGACCCUGUCUCUGUCCCAUCUCCAGAGGCUGUGGGAGUGCUCAAGGAUCUUACCAAGCACAAGAGGUCACCUGAGUUCGACGACAUUGCUGCGGACAAGCUUACCCUCCAGCGCGUCUUAACCAAAGAUGACGACAACGACGACGCUACCAUUGUGCUCGACUCUGUGUCUGAGCCUGAGAAGAAGAAACUCAGAGCGACAAGCGAACUCUCCGAUGCUUUUGAAGAAACGCUACCCAAGAAAGCGAUCCAUACCGUCGUCCAGCGACCUCCUCAAGUCCAUGCACCUGUCCUUGCUCGAGCCUCUACUCCGCUCCCUAAUCAUCCCUCGGCUCAGUUUCGUACUAGCUCACCACUCUCUGUUCCGCAUGUUGGGAAAACGCGUUACGGAAGAGAGCUCUACCAUGCCUUACGGCAUGGACUUUCACCCGCCGUCAAAGUAGAAGGGCUCAAUUACUCGCCUUACUACUAUUACAUGCUACUCGAUUUUAGCCGUGACGUUGGAUUAAGUCAGACCGAAGACACCCUCUGGGCCGAAACCAUCCUCGGCUUGCGUUUGGCUUACGCUCACUUCAUCCAUGGCAAAUACUAUCAUGGAUUUCUGGAUUUCCUCUAUCAAACUAAGGAUCACAAAGGGCUCUUUACGAUCGCCAACGUCAUUGUCGCCAUACGCCAAGACCUAAAGCUUCCAAAGGAACAGCCACUCUUCCUUUUCCUCCACAUUGAUGGAUUUCACAGGAUCUUAGCCCAUCGAACGCGGGGAGCUAAUCACACUACAGAAGGCCUCUACUUGUUCCAGAAUAUGAUGCGUGAGCUAGGACCUUUCAUGAGUGGAUCGAUCUCGCCCAAUAUGCAACCGUCACCGCGCACGCUCGCCCCAUCCAACCGAUUCCCCGAACUUACCUUGAAAGUCCUAGAGCGCUAUACUCAUGUGAUUCUGGAAGAAAUCGAUGGACCCUACGGAAAAGUAUUGGUCCGGAUCCCCUUCUUCUUCCUACACCUUUACAACGGAGGCAGCGAUGAAGUUCGGAAUAGCCUAGGAUCCGCAUUAUUUUACGACUGGAUGAAGGACUGGAAAUGGAGAUCUUUCGAACACAUUAUCGCCGAGUACGAGGCGCUCCGCACGAACCUUCUUAUCGCUGAUGGCCGCGAGGCAGCGACUCUCGAGGAAAUCUACCAAGGAGCCGUUGGACGAGCAGAGACUUUGGGACGUAUUGUCAAGCUGAAGAAACUAUCGGUUAUCACGGCAGCGCACCGAUUCCCAGAGUCCGGAAGACUGACGGUUGGCGAGCAAGAACAGGAUUGGAGAGCGAUCGAGAUGAUACCCGAUGGAUCGAUCUUGGAGCAGGAAGGAAUCAAGCGAGCGCGCACCAUCACUGUCCUUAUCACCACCACGGAUACAAGGGAUGAUGCAUUUCAAAAGCUCAGCGAGUCGAUCCCCAACGACUGUCUCUUGAUCUACCGAGGAAAUUUCACCAAGUUUUUUGGCGACGCAUUCAGCAUGUCAGCCUCCCUCGCAGCUUCAAAGGAUCUCAAUUGGAAUUUGCGACUCGAGAGACUCUAG